CAACAACCAUUGAAAUGCAAACAGCAGUUGCUAGGAAAUAAGGCCCUAAACCUAAAAUGGCUACCCAAAACAAGGAAGAAGAUGCAGGGCAGCAAAAUUUUGAACCGGCUUUUGACCGCCAAGGUAUCCCGCUUUGCCUUUCAUGGAGCAUUCAACAGGUUGAAAACUGGAUGGAGAGCCUAGGAUUCCCACAGUACAAGGAAUGUAUUAAAACAAAUUAUAUAAAUGGAAGAAAGUUGGUUAUGGUGGACACGUCUACGUUACCCAAGAUUGGGAUAACUGAUUUUGAGCAUAUGAAGUUUAUAGCAAAGAACAUACGUGAACUACUUGAUGUAGAAGAACCAUAUUGGAAUCGUAGUAUCAGCCUGCCACCAAGAGAACCAAAGACACUAUUUCUUGAAAGGAAAUCAGCUACUGGCAAGGAAAUAAAUGCAUUGACACUAGAGGAACAUCUUAGAGAACUAAAGCAAUUCAAUCUACAUGGUGUUCCAGAGAAACAUUUGUUGUGAUAUCAAGAAUAUAAGUUUCCACAUAAGAUAGAUUCAGUAGCUGGUAAUUAAUACUUUGCAAACUAUAGCCCUGUUAAGACACACAGAGUACCUGAAUAUUGAUUAAAUUACAUUGUUAAUGUACUAAGUUCUUGAAUCAUUUUGUAAUACUUAAUAUAUAUAUAUAUUUAUACUGUCACUAGUAAAUACCAUAUCAGGCAUUUUGUUAUAUUUUCAUAUAAUGAUACACAAGUGUAACUUGUGGUUUAUGGAUGACUCCCUUUUUGUAGAUAACCAUCAUCGUAAUGCCAAUAACUAUUUAAGUUUUUUUCAAUAUUUUGACACUCUGAUGUAAGCCACUUAUCCAGGACUACCAACAAGAUUCUCCCGCAAUAGAGUCCAUUGCCAACCCAUUAAGUGGUUCUUAUU